CCCACGAAUUUUUCUUGUUCGGGGUUGCUAUUACUUGUGAUCUUUCGAGAGUUCCGCGGCAGAGGAAAACAGGGUCCGAAUCUUUUUCGGGCGAUUAGUUUCUCUCGAGCGGGGAUCACAAGAAAAAGAAUAAGGGAAAUUGAUAGUUGGUCGGAUGCUAUUGCUAUCUCCCGCGUUCUAGAGAUUCGUAUCGAUGGGCUCUUUCUUUCUAUGAUCGCAAGUUGUUUCUUUUCGUAGUCAAGAUGGGUAGAGUUAAGCUAAAGAUAAAGAGACUUGAGAACAGUAGCAACAGGCAUGUGACUUACUCGAAGAGAAGAACCGGCAUCUUGAAGAAAGCGAAGGAAUUAUCCAUAUUGUGCGACAUUGACAUUGUCCUUUUGAUGUUCUCUCCAACUGAUAAGCCGACAUUGUUUCACGGAGAACGCAGCAACAUUGAUGAGGUCAUUGCGAAGUUUGCCCAGUUAACUCCUCAGGAAAGGGCAAAAAGGAAGCUGGAGAGCCUUGAAGUUCUGAAGAAAACCUUUAAGAAGUUGGAUCAUGAUGUCAAUAUACAAGACUUCCUUGGUACAAGCAAUCAAACGGUCGAGGAAAUGACUAAUCAAGUAAGACUGCUGCACAGUCAGCUAGCUGAAACGCAAAAGAGAUUGAGCUGCUGGAGGAAUCCUGAGAAGAUUGAUGAUAUAGAACAACUCAGGCAGAUGGAAGACUCGCUUAGGGCCUCUAUAAACCACAUCCGACAGCAUAAGGAAAAUGUUGGAAAGCAUCAAACUGUGUCAUUGGAGCGAACAAAUCAGUUUGAAAAUGCCAUGCCUUUACCUUUCAUUAUGGGUGGGAUGCCAGAAGCACAGCCUUUGUCCUGGCUUCCAAUAAAUGAGAACCAACACUUGCUAUUCCAAAACGACCCUCACUAUCUUCCUGAAGGAACCAUUGAUGGCUCCACAGAUGUCUCCCUCCCAGGGUGCUCUGCUUACUUUGGUGUGGAUAAGCACCCCGAAAUCGGAAAUUUAGGGCAAGUUCAAAAUAUGGUACAAGAAGGCUGCAUUUUGAAUGAGUUAAACAGGACUGGAUGCUUAAGUCUCCAAGUUGCUGAACAAUAUCCAUAUGGUCCAUAUGGCAACCUAACUUUACCGGAGGAGAAGAAAAUGAAACAAGAGAUAGGAAUGAACUUCCAAGGACACCAUGUAGAUUAUCAAGUCGCCAGCAAUAAGUUGGAACAAGAGAUAGAAAUGAGCUUACAAGGACAUGGCGUAGAUUAUCAAGUUACAAACAACAUUGAACUGCAAAGGCCGAUAUAUGACAAUGGACAUCAUGCUUGGUGUUCAGUUCCUGCCCCCUGUGGAAUUGCUAUGUAUAACGGGAACACCUUCAAUCAGCAAUCCGAUUGAUGAUUUCGCAAGUCUACCUUGUUUCUCCUAUACUGAGAUUACUGGUGGCUGAAGGCAUAUUGAUUUGCAUCAGAGUGGGAGGUUUUCUCCUAAUUACUCUGAUGUCGGAUUAAAGUGCACGGGGAUGAGAUGGAAAAUUUGUUCCAUGAAAGAGAAACCCAAAAGACAUCACGUGGCGGUGGUCCUUUUUUGUAAUUUCAGCUGCAGGAUUUGUAAAUAAUGUAAGACAGGAUAUAGGAGCACAGGUUCAUAUACUUUGUAGGUGGGAUGGUUUUUCCAAUUCAUCCCUGUUUCUCCUUUGUAUACCAAUCCCAAAGGAAUCUCUACAUUUUCACUGUAAAUGAAACUUUGCCAGAAAGAAUGAAUGUAAGGAUGCAUAAA